AUGCCAAUCGCUGAUGAUAUCGUGCGCCAGCUUUGCGUCGAGUUCAAGAAAGUUAGCGAAUCGAGUGCAAAAGUGUCAAACGCUUUUGCUGAAAGAGCAGAUAUCCACGAAAGGGAGCAACAUGCAAAGUUUCAGAAAUAUUUGGAGAGUAGAUCGCGGAGCGCCACCUCUGAUAUCAUUCGACUGGAACUGGAAAAGGAGCAGAGAUGUUAUACUGAUGCUGAGAAAGAGAUGGUUUCAGCUGAACAAAGGAUCCUCAAGACUGAGAAAAGCGAACAGGCACGAGUCGAUGAGCUGAAGAAUAACAUUUUGGCAAUGCGAAAAACGGAGAUGGAUAUUACGAAGGAGCAGUCUAUGAGGGAUAUGUAUCAGGACAUGAUAGAUAAAUUGGCGGAAAUGCAUAUUUUGUCGCGACACUCACAGAAGUCGUCAUUGGCUAAGGAGCGUUCGCUUUUGAACGAACAAGUGUUAGCUGCAAGCAAUGAUGUUGAUCAACUUCGAAAUGAGGUCAACUCUCUCACUGCGGCACUAGAGGAAACCGGCUACGCGGGAUUACUUCAUGACACUCGACGAUCCGCAAUGUUGUUGAUGAAAAACAAGUACACCGCUAUGAAGGAUGAACUUAUUCACCUCCGACUUGCUACGCAUACGCUGCGCAUUCGUGCACGCACGGCACAGGCUAACCUUGCAAUCGAAAAGUAG